UGGCACGACGCACGCUCAACAACUUCGACCUUAGCCGGGGCGACAAUUUUAUUUCACCUUUGGCCCGCAGCCGCUGCCUCGCCGCACGACACGCUGCUUCCUGCACGACUCCACUCGCCUGCUCCACUUUCUCGUUGCUCAGGCCUCGAGAACCGUUGCACGCAUGCACGUGAUCCAGGUGGUUUGCUAGGAUGACGAGAACUUGGCGCCGUUAGAUUGGAUUUCGUUGGACAGGAACAUCGUUGGGGGAAAGAAGACUCUGUCGAUGCCUAGAACAAUCCUGAGAGAGGUUCCUCGCACAAAUGACGCCUUUGGAGCCUUUCCCGCUGGUUCUUCCAUCGAGUAAGUCGCCUGAGUAAGAGUGAGAAGAGGAAAUUGAACGUCGUGUAGAGUGCCGAGGAGAAGCUGGCAAGUAAAGAAAGGUACGAAACUCGAAUUAGUGUUGUGGUGCGGCAAGGAUCAAUCCAUGAAAUGCGUUUCAAACUAACGGUACAGUUAUCAGAAUUCCGUAAACCAUCGCGUAAAUAUUAUGACGAUGACUGAACAAAUAGGCGAGCUAUAUUCGACGAGCUUUGUGUAGAAAAACGAUCAACAAGGUGUUGUUCCGAUAUAUAACUACUCCAAGUGUACCCUUCAAGGACGGAUCUUGCGACAACGAAGAAGAGGAAGAAUCGCGUAGUGGAGCAACCAGCCUCAAAAUGUAUUCUGAAUUCACGUGUCCAGGACAGUCAUUUCGUGUCCCGAUUCAGCAGUAGUGCGUUCAGAGAAGGAUCGCCGACGAGAUUCCUUCGCCAGGAACGGGCUAGCAGGCCAAACGGUAGCUCGAUCCAGGAUCGUACAUUGGAUUCUCAACGAUGGACUCGCAGCAGCUGGUCGACACCGCGUCUCAGAACAGCCAGGACAUUGUCCUGCCGAAGCCAGCGAGCAGCACGCCUAGGCACAGCAUCGACGCGAUUCUCGGACUGGCGAACAACAAGAGGAGUCACCAGGAAAUGGAGGAUAACGCUCGCGACACGCAGGAAAACGCAGGUGAGAACAGCUGCAACUCCACCGGCGGCGGCAGCGACGAGGAACUCGGAGCAGGCUGCGGGGACGAUUUAAACGGGAACGGCGGCAAGAAGAAGCAUCGUCGAAACAGGACGACCUUUACCACCUACCAGCUGCACGAGCUCGAGAGAGCCUUCGAGAAAUCUCAUUAUCCGGACGUGUACUCCAGGGAGGAGCUCGCUAUGAAAGUCAAUCUUCCGGAAGUUCGCGUCCAGGUGUGGUUUCAGAACAGGCGGGCAAAAUGGCGCAGGCAGGAGAAGAUGGAAGCCGCGAGACUCGGCCUCAGCGAGUAUCAUCAUCCCGCCAAUAUGAGAAGCGUGGCCGGUCCAGCAUUAGGUUUACCAGGAGAUCCUUGGCUCACUCCUCCAGGUCUGUUGAGCGCCCUUCCCGGCUUUCUAGCUGCACCUCACACGGGAUAUCCCAGUUAUCUAACGUCCCCGAGACGAUUACCGUCGCCACCGAACGUCGGCGCCGUUGGAAGCGCAGUCCCAGGUGCGCUUAGCGGAGGAAUGACGAGCAUAGGAAGCGGGGGCCACGUUCCAGCGGCGCCGCCGAGUCCUCCGGGCCACGAUCCGCGCACAACGAGCAUCCAGGCUCUGAGAAUGCGGGCCAAGGAGCACGUCGAGAGCAUCACCAAAGGAUUGCAAAUGGUCUGAAGUUUAACGUACGACCCAGGAAGGCAGCAUCGACCCAAGUACAGGCUGGCCGUGGCCACGCUCUUAACAACGCGGGCGUGACGAGAAGCGAAGCGACCGUGCUCUCUCUCUCUCCACGACUGAACCCUUCGAGACUGGAGAAACUGUCCAGGCAACGGGCAGACGGAUCGACAAACACGUUCCUCCCGUUCCUCUUUCUACGCUCGGCCCGGUAGAAACGACUUCACGACCUCACCGGUCGUUUCUAUUCCGGCGAACGGUUGGAACCGUUUUAUCGGUUAUCGAACAAACGCCGAAGAGUACAAGAACGAAUAACGCUGGCAACGAGAGAAGGGAACGAUCAACGCGUACAGAGUACUAAUUUCCAGUGGUAAUCGAGAACGGAAAGAGACACGAGGGCCGAGUUUUUUCUCUCGUUCGGCCGAGUUAUUAUACCCGUAGCUGAUUGAUAAAUCAAAUUUGUUAUGUCGUUCUUUGAUACGGAACGGAGGAGCCGAAUCGUCGUUCCUGUACGACGAGUGCCCUCUGACAAAAAGCGGACGAAAAAAAGGAGAAAGAAGAGCAGAGUUUGAUUGUCACAAAUCGUGUUUGACUGUCGUGUCUACCGUUCCAUUUGGAUGGUCGGUUUUUUUUCUUCUUCUUCUUUUGCUUUUGGUAUCGCGUUACGAACUAAUUCAGGAUAUUAGUGCAAUAAACGGGAGGAGUAAGAGAGUCAGAGACGUUUCGUAGUGCGUCGCAGAUGGAGAGUAGCUGUAAGAUCCAAAGACGAUUAUUUCCGGUUGUAGCUCGAGAUCUACGAAGGAUCCCUCUCCUUUAACUUCCUGAACGAUACGAACUCAGUAAGUAAUAUAUCACGUACAGUUUUAAACGAGGUUGAAGAUCGCGUUUCUUUUUUUUUUUUUUUUUUUUUGUUUUCUUAUUUCGCGCGCGUUCGAAGAGAGCGACCGACGACACACCGAGAGACGUGACAAGUGACAAAAUACGUAGACAGUGUUUACUCUCGACUCGGUCUUAGAACUUGAAACGCGGUCGCGAAAUUUAUCACGCUCGCGUUUCUAAUCGUUCAGAAAUCCGAGUCGAAGGAACGCGUUAGCUUGCAAGCCGCUACGAAUACGUAAACACAGUUUGUUCCAUCGACGUAACAAUCGUCUACAAAAGCUACGAAUCAAAAAGUUCAAGUUCAAUCCAGUGGGUGUCCAGUCGAUCUACGAUAUUUUCAAUACCCGAGACAGUACACGAAUGAAUUUUGAACGCGACGAACGUUGUUACGAAACAUCGAGAACGUUCCUUCGAGCCACGCUUCCCGAGCAACGUUCCUCGGUAAUACCAUGGGAUAUUGAAAUGACGCGAAAUGGAGCGAGACAACAUUCGCUCGAAUUAAUCAGUGGACGUUUGAAUGCAGCAGGCUAACUGCUAUCACGACGAAAUGAAUUGGUACAAAACCGCGAAGGGUCAGUGGCCCGUGCCGGCCGAGGCGAUCGUUCCCACCCCCUCCCUCUCCCCCCCUCCCCCCUCUCCCCCCGUGUAAACUGGUCUUGUAUCCGAAAUACGAUUAGCAUAAUUGUUUGAUAAUCAUGUACCUCGGAUAGACAACGCUAAAAAAAAAGAAACAAAGAAAAGAAGAAAGGACACGUCUAUCGUACGGACGACACUUGUCACUCGUUCGAAACGUAGACGUAAAUCACGUGAUAUCGAACGAGUAGCAACAAACGUGCGAACGUUUCAUUCGUUUAAUAAAAUCGUCCGAGUUAAUUAACGAACGUCGAGCGUCAAGUGUCCCGUUUCCAACCAGGUGGAAAAUUCUUCCAGAAUUUGUUAGCGAGUCGCUCGAUCGGCACUGAUCGAGCUUGUUGGCGACGCGAACCCUCAGAGACUAGGAUCAAUAUUUCUUGUAGCAUAGAGGUGUCCUCGAAGAGAUCCGGCGAGAGGAGACGCAUUCCGAAAAUAAACAAUAUUCUGCAGUAUUAAUACGUUAAGGUGAAGAAUUGUGCAUAAAGUUACGUAAUAAACGAUUACGGUAUGCGGACAGGAUCGCUUGGAAGCGGACUGGCCAGAUCGCUUGCCGUUGGAAUCGGUUGGUGUUCAGCUCGAUCGAUGUCACGUUGACGCACCGUGAUCGUGCUGAGAAAAUUUCGUUUUCAUCGAACAACGUGAAGAACGUAAUUUCCAUCCUACCACAGCUGCUAAUGCGUUGCGUAUACGUAUAUUUAUAAAAAGAUCGAUGUAGAUAUAAAAAAUGACAAGAUCCUUCAGAUAUCGCAACAUCUCCCUCACUUCCUCCGUUUCAAUUGAACGCACGCGUUUCUGUUUUGUCCGUCAGGCAACUCGAUUCCAACGAGUGAGGUAUUCACGUGACGACAAAUUCGUCUGCCAGUCAGCUUUCGCGAAGCGACGUCAAGGAAAACCAAGUAGAGGGUGAAGAAAGAACGUAGACAGUUACCCACCCCCGAAUGUCUAUUUGUAUAUAUACCUGCUCGUGAUGAAAUAAAAUUUGAUGUACAUAUUUAA